CUUGUUCGCUUCUCUUUGCUACUGUUUAGUGUUUCUUUGUCUUCCCUUCGCCCAUGGAUUUCGUUUCCAACCCACUGACCUGCAAGACUUUCCCAUGCCGGACUCUGUUGCCGCCAUGGGCGACACCUUCCCGGCGGCGCCAUUGUCUGCCGCCUUCACUGUCCCUUUCCGGCAGGCGAGUUGGGAACCUCCGCUGCGAGUUCGAAGCUAAUGUUAAUGGCGCUCUUUCCGGCGAUUUCGACCCUCGCUCCGUCGACAGGAAAAAGGCAUUGGAAGCGGCAAUGAAUGACAUAAAUAACUCAUUUGGGAAAGGAAGUGUUACACGGCUCGGAAGUGCUGGUGGAGCGUUAGUGGAAACUUUCCCAAGUGGUUGUUUGACGUUAGACUGUGCCUUAGGUGGUGGCCUUCCUAAAGGCAGAAUUGUUGAGAUUUUUGGACCAGAAAGUAGUGGAAAGACCACCCUAGCAUUGCAUGCUAUUGCAGAAGUACAGAAGCUAGGAGGAAAUGCGAUGCUUGUGGAUGCAGAGCAUGCCUUUGACCCGGCAUAUUCUAAAGCUGUGGGAGUGGAUGUUGAAAAUUUGAUUGUCUGCCAACCUGAUCAUGGAGAGAUGGCACUUGAGAUUGCGGAUCGUAUGUGUAGAUCUGGUGCUGUAGAUCUCAUUUGCGUUGAUUCUGUCUCUGCUCUAACACCAAGAGCAGAAAUUGAAGGUGAGAUUGGUAUGCAGCAAAUGGGUCUGCAAGCACGCCUCAUGAGUCAAGCUCUGCGUAAAAUGUCUGGAAAUGCCUCAAAAGCUGGUUGCACUCUCAUAUUUCUGAAUCAAAUACGAUAUAAGAUUGGUGUGUAUUAUGGGAAUCCAGAAGUGACAAGUGGAGGGAUUGCGCUAAAGUUCUUUGCCUCUCUUCGACUUGAAAUACGUUCUAUUGGGAAGCUAAAGUCUGCUAAAGGAGAUGAAGAAAUUGGGAUACGAGUUCGUGUUAGGGUGCAAAAGAGCAAGGUUUCGAGGCCAUACAAGCAAGCUGAAUUUGAAAUUAUCUUUGGGGAGGGAGUAAGUAAACUGGGUUGCAUUUUAGAUUGUGCUGAAAUUAUGGAUGUCAUAGUGAAAAAGGGCUCGUGGUACAGUUAUGGGGACCACAGGUUGGGACAGGGAAGAGACAGAGCUCUGCAAUACUUAAAAGACAAUCCUGUUCUUCAAGAUGAAAUUGAGAAGGCCGUGCAGACAAUGCUGGCUAGUGGAACUGUUCAAAUGGGAUUUCAAUCUAUUAGGAAGCCAUUGCCUAACCAAGAAGAGGUACUUGAAGAAUUUCAAUAACGAUCAAUAUAUGCUACUAUGAUUAAGCAAUUGCUACAGAGAUUACAAGCAGAAGCAACAUUUCUUCUAUUGGGAAGGUGGGAUUAUAAGCACCCAUACCGAUCCAUUCUCUGAGGUACAUUCAGUGAUGAUGUUAGAAGCAAACGAUUUCGGGCGAUUUGUUAGUUAGGCUCCAGCUUAGAUGUGAUGAAGUUAGAGUACUGGUUCCCUUGCUUCCGACCUCUGAAGACGACAUUUUGGAUCAUUCCCGAAAAUUAUUGAAGUCCCUCAGUCUGGCUCGAGAUGUUGGUAUAAUUUUAUGGCGAGUUCUUCAGAAUUUGAUCCGAAAGUACUGUUGUAAUUAAACUGCAAAUUUUCAGGUAUCACAUUCAGAUUUGUACUUGGGUAGAACAUUUUUAAUGUGUCAUUACCAGGGCUUGCUAUUCAAAAUUUAUACAUCGUUUUUCAGAAGAAAA